UCUAGGCGAAUAGAUUCGACUCAGAUGGACGGAACAAACAAAGAUUGCUAAUAUAGAAUAACAAUGUUAGUCAAAAUGGCAAUUAUAAAGUAAUGAGCGCAAACGGGUUCCGAGGAAUUUUGCGGUUUUUUUGCAAAUUUUCAAAUUGUCACAGUGUAUAUUGUCUGUUGUAGAUAUAAACAAUUUAUACGGAGGAGUGGCCACGCCCCUAGCGAUGUUGCACGGCAACAACAUCAGGCCAAAGCACAUUCAACUGCAAAACCGCCAAACAUCGCGCGACGACACAUUCAGGAACGUGAUGAGGUUACCGCCUUUGCGGGAAUCAAACCACCGCGACCACGGAUUGGGCAGUUGCGAAAACGAGCCGCUGCUUCCAGAGGCAAUGGCGAAACUGAACGGGAGAAACGGCAAAAAAGAGGACGGUCUGCCGCCGCCCCCAUUGCCGCCGCAUAAAGGCUCCUUCCCCCCAGCGAACAAUUCGAGGCAGCCCGACAUGAGGUACAAUCCCCCUUGGCCCCGACCUCAGCAACCCUUCGUCGCCAUAAACCCAGCUUCUGUAGAUAACAUUAAGCCGUACUUAAAGCCACUUCCUAAGCCUCCCGGUAAAGAGUCUCCUAAUAGGCACCAGAGAAAACUCCACAACCCCAGUCCUGCACCUCAUCAAUUGAGUCAUGCUAGUCCGCCCAUGCCCAGGCACAAUUUGAUGAAUGUAGUGCAUCAGAGGGCUACGCCCGACGAAAUGAUCAGAAGCAGAGGGCAGCCGUUGCACAGCAGUCCGCUGCAUGGCAGAAAGAGCCCUAGGAGGCACAGCCCCUUGCAGCGCCACUAUUCAGAUGAGAGCUUGGGGGGGUUGUAUGGCAAUGCGGGGGCUCCUCAGAGAAUACAUUCAUCAGCUGAUGAAAUCAGCUCGCUGAACCACUCGCCUAGCAUCAGCAGCUCAGAUGAGAGUUACAGCAGGACCACUGAUGCAGACGCUUCGCCUUGCGUCAGUCCUCCGCUGCCUGCCGAUACACAACAGUUCCUUUUCCCUUCGGAUAUCCAGGUGAAUCCUUUGUCGUCGCCGGAAGUUUCUCCUAGAACUUCUUUGGACUAUAUUCCGCCCAACUGCUCGCUGCGGGCCGACAGUCGAUCCAAUGUGAAGAGGAAUUUGCCUCCCAGUGCCGUGCUGGCCAUAGCAGCCACCUGCAAUACGGUGGAUUCUUCGAUUAUCACCAGCCCGCCCUGUUUGGACGGGGAGGACAGCUAUAGAGGCGAAAGUUGCGCCAGCUUCGAGUUCGUGCUGAAGUCCAAGCCAAAGCCGGCGGCUCUACUGAGAGCCACGAGCGCAAAUGGCGGUGGACCCAACAAACCGCUUUUCAAGCAAAGAAGCCUGGAUAACAAGCGAGUUCGGAACGACAGCGACUCCAUACUGGAAUGCAACAAGCUGUCGGCCAAUUGCAAGCGCUCACCCAGCUUCAAGGAGGCGGAAGAGAUCAGGGAACUGCUUCGGGAGGAGAAUAGCAAACGGGACGGCAGUUGCCAAACCGACAAGAAGGACCUGCGCAAGUUGCGCACCUCUCCACUAACGUUCCGCGAUAACAUAAUGAAAGUUACCAAUCUGGACCACUGUGAUAAUACUGUAGGGCCAUUCGAGCGCGAAAUCCAGAAGCUACUGGACGAGCAGAACCUGCUGCAAAACAUCCCGCCCAAGCUGGAGAACCAGCAGAACAAAGACCUGGCGCUGGAGCCGCUGGUCAGGUACGCUCCCAACAAUAAUAAUCACCAGGUGGGGCUAGCUGCCAUUCAAGCGCUAGCUCUCGGGCUGCGGGUCAACCCCACUGGCAGUGUUACCCUUCAGUGCAUGUCCCCAACGCGAGCAAGCAGCAAAGAGGGGUCUCUUAAGCGAGGGGCGUCGCCCGGACCGUCCGAAUCAAAUAAACUACCCAAAGUGUCGCCUCUGGACAGAGCACCCAGAAGCACCGAAGAGCCUGACUUAGACUGUGAUAUGCCGGAGGCGAGGCCUCACUUAGCGGACGACGAUACCGACUUGGAGAGUUUUGAGCGCGAGGAGAAACGCUUGGAGGAGGAGGCUGCCCAGCGAUUGAGCAAGGAAUUGGAAGCCGAAGUUAAGCGGUUGCUCGAGGAGAAAAUCCAUGAAAAGCUCAGAAAUCUUGAGUCUGCUGGUGGACAGGACCAACCAAUGUCUGCAACAUCUGCAGCUCCCGCUCCAGAAGGAAGCGUGUCGGAAUGGUCUGAAGAUGAAGACGGCGGUGCUUCAGAGCCGCUGCUAAACGACAGAGAAAGUACGGGCUAUACCACUGAUGAUCCAGCAUUGGAGAACAUCAGCAUGAUCAAUGAGGCCGGAUUAACUGAUGCCGAAGGUGCGUUGAGUGACGUGAACUCCGCCUACAAUGAUCACAACCAGGAUGGCGACAUGGAUGACAACACCAGCAUGUCCUCCAGAGCCUCAUCCAGAAUAUUCGAUUCAGAUGCGAUGAUGUCGCUGGACUCACUGAGUGCCAUGUACGAUUCCGAGUACGAUAACUGUUACAGGACGGAUGACGACUUGAAUGCUAUGCCCGAUCUGGAUAGAUUGAACUAUUUCUCAGUGCCUGUUAGCGAUGUUCAUCUAGCGAACAUUCGAUCCAUGAGCGAAAGCAUUACGCGAAACUUUGGUCAGCCACGUAGCGAAACUGAUCCUGAUAGUGAUGUGUAACUGAAACUCCCUCGAUUUCAUUUGACCACUACAAAAGAAGUACUUCUGGAUAUUAUUUUACCUCAAGGUGAUUUUCGCCUGACGUUUCGCUUGUUAAUACAGCAGAUAUAUUCUUUGAAAAUAUUUGUUGUGAAUAAGGGAACAAUAUUUGCAACAUUUACCAGACUUAUACGUUCAUUCACUGUUAAGGAAAAUCGUGCCUGUAAAAUAUACGACAUUUUCGUAACCAUCUAGGGUUAAGCAUUUAAAUGUACAUAUUAUUUAUCUUUCGUGGACAUGUGUUUGGUGCUUUAUAUUAUAUACAUUAUGUAAACUUGGACUGACUAUUGUGAUUCUAAUGGUAUUACGAAAUAUGCGGCUCUCUCUACAUUAUUAUUACCGAAGAACAGGAUGUUACUUUUGGUCGAAGUUUACCAAAGAAUUUCAUUUUCUACUACUCUAUAGGUCUAGUGCUUGUUACUUCCAUUUUUUUAAACAUGUUGCCAAGCCUUGGUUGACUUGCUAGAUAUUUUUUUGUUAGUUUAAGACGCUGCGGCGAACCCAAUUUAAUGUUAAUUUUCAACUAGUAGUGCAAUACUCAAGGGAUAUGUAGGAACGAGCAGAAUUUCGAAAUCUGAAUUUUCUUGAUUUGUUUUUUCGUUUAUUGUUUCAACUAGAGCGUGUUUCUUGUGUGCAAUACUCAUAUGUUAUCGUUGGCUACUUACAUUUCUAUUAAGCUAACAUUCUGAUAUUAAUGUGUAAUUUAUUAUGAAUACCUAUUUAUCAGGAAAUUUUGCUACCGGAAAAUGCGCUUUUCGAUGUAUUGUCGAAAAGCGUUUUUAGAGCUACAACUAUUGUAAAAAACCAUAUACAUUCGAUCACAUUACUAGACUAAUUCAUAAUCGGUGAUAAAACACUUUACUUGUAAAUAAAGAAUUACUUUCAAAUUUUA